AUGGUUGUUACGAAUCCUAUUACUUCCACUGUUGUGUUGAGUUGUGUUUCAUUAUAUUAUUAUUUUGGAGGAAAACUUACUGUUAGUGUUUCUCUACUAGUUAUUUAUGCUCUUGCUUAUGAUUCUGAACAUGAAAAUUUCUUAAGUGAAAAUUCUCAAGAGGUUAAGUCACUAGAACCUGAAAAGGAGACGAAGAAGAAGAAGAAAUGUUGUGGGGGCAAAGAUGGUGGAUGUUGUUCUACUAAGAACAAAAAUGGCGCUAAGAAGAAAGAAGGAUGUUGUGGUAGUGGUAAAUGUGCUCCAAAGAACAAAAAUAAGAGUUCUGGAGCACGUUCUGGCGAUUCUGAAGUGACUGAAAAGGAAAAUGAGAAAGAAGCAAAAAAAUCCGAGUUCCCAAUGGCUGUUGAUUUUACUCAGUCCUUCAAGAUCAAAGGUAAGUCGAACUCUUCUGAAUUAAGUGAACUGAAAGUGAAUGGGAACAAUGCGAGGCCUUUGAAACGUUUUGCAAAGAGAAUACAGAAUAAAAAAAAUGAUGACAAUGUUGAGGUAGAUAUAAUCAAAUCUGCGAUGACAAUCUCUAAGGAUAAGUUAUUAAAUUCUCAGAUUUAUAUUUUCUACAGUUCUUUACAAGGUGCUGCUGCAAGAAAUGCUGAAAAAGCUCAUGUGUUAUUGUCUGAAUCGAAAGAGUUGGAAUCUAAACCGAUCUUAAUGAAUUUAGACGAAAUUGAUGACUUAGAUGAAUAUUUCGUAAAUACCCCAGUUGAAAAUGCAUUAUAUAUAUUUGUUUUGCCUUCCUAUGAUAGCGAUUGUCCUUUAGAUUACUUCUUACAAACAUUAUCUGAAAACUUUCACGAUUUUAGAAUAGAUAAGUUCCCAUUAAGAAAAUUGGUAGGUUACACAGUCUUAGGUUUAGGUGAUUCCGAAAGUUGGCCUGAAAAGUUCUGCUACCAAGCAAAAAUGACUGACACUUGGAUUUCAAAAUUAGGUGGCAGAAGAAUAUUCCCAGUUGGCGAGGUAUGUGUAAAAGUCGAUGGUGAAGAUAAAGUUACUGAAUGGAUUGACUUAUUUUGUGAAAUGUUAAAGGAUGAUGAGCCAAUAUUAUAUGAAUAUGAUGAAAAUGAUGAUGAUUACGAGGAUCCUGAAGAAACAAACGAAAAUGAUGAUGAUGAGUUAAUUGAUCUAGAAGAUAUCGGUGCAGUGAACAAUGAUUCUUCUUUAGGAAUCAAAAAAAUGGUUGCUAAGGAUAGUCCAACUUACAAACAGUUAACAAAGCAAGGUUACACAAUAGUUGGUUCGCAUUCUGGUGUUAAGAUAUGUAGAUGGACUAAGAGUGAUUUGAGAGGUACAGGCUCUUGUUACAAACAGUCAUUAUUCAAUAUUGUAUCAAGUAGAUGUAUGGAAUUAACACCAUCAUUAGCAUGCUCUUCGAAAUGUGUUUUUUGCUGGAGACAUGGUACCAACCCAGUAUCUAAAUCAUGGAGAUGGGAGGUAGAUGAACCAGAAUAUAUUUUAGAAAAUGCAUUACAAGGCCAUUACUCAAAAAUUAAACAAAUGAGAGGUGUUCCCGGUGUCGUAGCAGAAAGAUUUGCAAAGGCUUUCAAAGUUGCACACUGUGCAUUAUCGUUAGUCGGUGAACCAAUCAUGUACCCAUACAUUAAUCGUUUUGUUGAACUUUUGCAUUCCAAAGAUAUUUCAAGUUUUUUAGUUUGUAAUGCUCAACAUCCCGAUGCUUUAAGAAAUCUAGGAAAAGUUACCCAAUUAUACGUUUCCAUUGAUGCCCCAACUAAAUUUGAUUUGAAAAAGGUAGAUAGGCCAUUAUUUAAAGAUUUCUGGGAGAGAAUGCUCGAAUGUUUAGAUCUUAUCAACUCAUUACAGUCACACCAGAGAACUGUUUAUAGAUUAACUUUGGUGAAAGGUUUCAAUAUGGGUGACAUUUCAGCAUAUGCUGAUCUUGUAGAAAGAGGCAACCCUUGUUUUAUUGAAGUCAAGGGCGCAACUUUUGCAGGAUCUUCAACUGGUAAUGGUAAUUCUUUAACAAUGCAAAAUAUCCCCUUUUAUGAAGAAUGUACCAAUUUCGUUAAAGAAUUUAGUGCUGAACUACAGAGAAGAGGGCUUGCAUAUGAUGUUGCAGCUGAACACGCACACUCUAAUACUAUAUUGAUUGCUAAUACAAAAUUCAAGAUCAAUAACGAAUGGCACACUCAUAUUGAUUUUGAAAAGUUCUUCACAUUAUUAAAAUCUGGCGAAGAAUUUACUCAUCUAGACUACAUGGCCAAAACCCCAGAAUGGGCAUUGUUUGGUAAUGGUGGGUUUGCUCCAGGUAAUACCAGAAUCCAUAGAAAGGGGAAAAAGAAGAAUAAGGAUCUAAUAAAUGAAACCGUUACAUUACCACCACUUCCUGCUGCCAUCUGA